ACUGCGAACGCGUGCGAGAUUUGAUUUAAUUUUUUUUUGAGUGCUAUACAAAAAUAUAGUUACCAAAUGCUUGAAUUGUGAGAGCAACAGAAGGCAGCAUAUUUAUUUACAUACAAAAUCAGCUAGCUAACAGAAAUAACAACAUGCCGAGCUUUAAGAAAGCACCGCAUUUGGACAGCAGCAAGAACAACAACAACAGCUACAACAAGAAGAAGAAGAGUCGCUUAUAAACAAACGUGUGUGCAAAUCCAUAAAAUCAACAAGAACAAGAAACGCAAGAAUAAAAACAAGUGCAAAUUGGGCCGCUGCGGCAAACGAAACCAAAAGCAAUGGAAUUAAAAUAAAAGACAACAAAGUCAGCAGCAACAGCAGAGGGCAAUCAAAAUUGUUUACAGAAAAAUUCUGCUGAUGCUUGAUGAACUAACGUCAAGUGCUACAAAGAGCACAGUAAAAGUAGCUGAACAGAUAAACUAACAGUUAGUGAAAACAAAAAGAAAACAAGAUACGAAAAUCAACCAACGGCAACGUCAAUUUCUUCUUGUCAAUCUCCAAGUAGAAGAAGAAUAACCACAACAACGACACGCUGUUUCGUUGCGCUAACGGCGGCGGCAGCCAGCGGGUCGCUGGCAAAAAAUUGCGAUGCCUGGACUUGUGGUCUUCAGACGCCGCUGGUCUGUUGGCUCGGAUGAUCUGGUAGUACCAGGUGCAUUUCUCUUGGCGAUACACUUUAUAAGUUUUGUACUUGUGGCCGUCUCGUUAGUUUUAUUUGAAUAUAACACAAGUGUUUUAAGUGUUAAACUAUUGUUCUAUCAUCUAAUAAGCUACUUGUUAAUACUAUUUUUUUCAAUAUGCGUAGAAAUAGGCAUUUGUGUGAUCUCGAUGCGCGGCAGCAUUUUGGACUCUGAGGCGCGUACAUCGAUCAAUAUCUGGAUAUAUCUCAAGAGCUUGGUGAUAUUAUUUGAUAUUUCAUGGCUGAUAUUGGGCUCGAUUUGGCUGUCCAAUUACUACAUGGAAGCGCCCAUCGAUGAGGCCAAAAAGAUCUUUAUUGCCAUCAUCAUAUGCAACUGGACGCUGGUGUUCAUCACGCUGAUAACCAUCUGGUGCACGUUCGAUGCAGCCGGCCGCUCCUGGGUCAAGAUGAAGAAGUACCAGCGCUCCAUGCGUGAGACUGAAUCGCGCUUCAACUACAAGCGCAGCAACAGCAUGAAUCGCAACUGGCGGCAACGCAAGGUGAUGCGCGCCUAUCAGGACAGCUGGGAUCAUCGAUGCCGUCUGCUGUUCUGCUGCAUGGGCUCGUCGGAGCGAAAUCGCAAUUCGUUUACGGAUAUUGCGAGACUGUUGAGCGAUUUUUUCCGCGAAUUGGAUGUGGUGCCAUCGGAUGUGGUCGCCGGUUUGGUCCUGUUGCGCAAAUUCCAGCGCCUCGAGCGUGAGGCCAUUGUCAGACAGCGCAAAAAUGGGACAUAUGAGUUCCUCAGCGGUGUGCCAAUCACGGAGCACACACAGUUCCUAGCACUCAACGAUGCCAAAAACUAUGACUUCUUUCAGACCGUCAUACACUAUAUGUACUUUGCCCAGGGCGCCUACGGCUGGCCCAUGUACGUCAUCAUCAAUCGAAGCAAAAUGUGGCAUCUGGUGCCCGAGCUCAAAUGUUUCGGCUGCUGUUGCGGCAGCGGAGACGACAGUCAGGUGAUCCAGGACAAUUGCUGCUACUGCAAUUAUGCGGCUCUGAAGAAGACACUGCAGCUGGGCGACAUCGAUAUUGUGUAUGCCACAUACCAUGUGGAUGUGGGCGAGACGCCCUUCUUUGUGGCCGUCGACUAUACGCAGAAGAAGAUCGUGAUCAGCAUACGCGGCACGCUGAGCAUGAAGGACAUACUGACCGACCUGAAUGCGGAGGGCGAGGUGCUGCCGCUGCAGCCGCCGCGCGACGAUUGGCUUGGCCACAAGGGCAUGGUCCAGGCGGCCAUCUACAUACGCAACAAGCUGCAGCAGGAGAAUCUCAUUGAGCGCGCCCUGCAGCGCAACGCGGACCGCUUGACCCACACCUUCGACCUGGUGCUGGUGGGUCACUCCCUCGGCGCCGGCACGGCGGCCAUAUUGGCCAUACUGCUCAAGCCGGAGCAUCCGACGCUGCAGUGCUUCAGCUAUUCGCCGCCCGGCGGACUGCUCAGCAUGCCCGCUGUCGAGUACUCCAAGUCCUUUAUAACGUCCGUGGUGCUUGGCAAGGAUGUGGUGCCGCGCAUCGGCCUCAAUCAGAUGGAGGCGCUGCGUGCCGAUCUCAUCAAUGCCAUACAGCGCAGCGUGGAUCCCAAGUGGAAGACCAUUUCAUGCUCGGUCAUCUGCUGUGGCUGCGGUCCCGAGCCGACCUCUGUGGUGAACAUGUCCGGCCAGGACACGCACAUCAAUCAGUACCAGGAGGAGCGCGGCACGGCACGUUCGACCAGCGCCCAUCCCACGGACAGCUCCAUAGCUUUAACACUGCACCAGCCCUUAUAUCCGCCCGGCCGCAUCAUACACAUUGUGCGGCAUCAUCCCAAGCCAGAUGAGCAAAAAUACGACAGUGGUUGGAGAAAUGUGCUUAAGAAUCGUGAGCCGGUCUAUCAGGCGAUAUGGGCCGAUUCAACCGAUUUCGAUGAGGUGCUCAUAUCACCUGUCAUGCUGCAGGAUCAUAUGCCCGAUAAGGUUCUCGCCGCGCUCAAGAAGGUUGUAACGACGAGUGGGCCACGAAAGCCCCAGCGCCAGACCUCGAACGCAUUCUCCACCACAUCCUUGGAGCAGGAGCAGGAGCAGCUGGAGCUGGCGCUGGCGCCAACGAAUGCCGAACAGAUGCAACAUUGCAAGCGCGCGGCGGACAGUUCCUAUACAAACUUGAGCAACUGCAUCAUGCUGACACCAACGGCACAGCAUAAGCUCUGCCUGGAGACGUCCUUCACCAAUCUGCAGCACCAGCUGGAGCUGCGGGCAGCGGUGCAGCCGGGCGGCAGCAAGGCCUCAUCCAUAGCUGGCAGCAUCUUUGGCCGCAGCCAACUAAGCUCCACAACAACUCCGUACGACAUAUCAAGCGUCCUGGACGACAGCAUCACAACGGUGACAAUGCGCAGGAGCCCCUGCUCCAUGCUCAGCGAGACGACGACGGUCCUGAUGAAUGCCGAACCUGGCGAGGCGCCACGCCUGCGUGCGGUCGCAUUCGACAUGGCAGCAACGACGCCACCGCCGUCGCCUCUGCCGCUGGCACGUCAGCAUUCUGAGAAGAAGCCGCGAUCGCUGCCCUUGACGCAAGCGUUGCGUCGCGCCUCGGUGGCGGGUCAGGGUGUGGACCUGCUGCACGACGACUGGUACGGUCUGGCGCCGCUGGCCAGCCCGGAGACACUGUCGGAGAUCUCGAGCGUAUCGUCCCGGAGCAGCGUGCCCGUCAGCCUGGCCAACAGCAUUGAGCGAUAUCUGCAGCACCUGGGCGUCGGGGCGGGUGCGGGCCCAGGCGCGGUGCCCAAGGUGCCGCUGGAGGACAUAUUCGAGUCGCAGUUGCACACGCCGAAGGUGAUGCGACGUGCGCCCAAGUUCAGCGAGAACCUGUCUGGCUGCGCCGAGGACACCCGCAAUCUGGACCAGUAUAAGCGUCUAGGACGCGUGUUUAUCACAUUUCCGCGCAUCUUUCCCGAGCCAGCUGCCGGCCACCAGCUGCAGUACAAGCACAGCCAGGGCCUGGACUCCAACUCCAGCGAUGACAGCUUCGAGUCGGCGCACAGCCUGCACCGACUGCAGCUGCCGGCGACUGUGGCGUGCGGUGUCAGCUCCAAGUCAGCCGAUCAACUGGAUGAGACACGCUCGCCGCCGGCCAAGAAGCUGACGUUCAGCGACAGCAACAUCCUGGCCGAGGAGCACUGCCUGCGCCAGUGCCCACACUGUCCGUGCCGGCGCGAUGGACGCGAUUGCUGCACGCGCUCCGAGCACGAUCAUCAGCAGUGCGCCUCAGUGGAGGCGACGGCGACGGCGAUGGCGACGGCGACUGCCGCUGUCGGCUCGACAGAUACCAACAGCAGCUUCUACAGCGCCAACUCGCAAUCAUCGCUGGAACAGUUAGCGACGCCGAACCGACAGCUCCAGUUGAAGGUCAAUGGCGGGCAUGCGCACAACGAGAUACUCAUACGUCCCGGUGUCCUUGAGUCACAUUUUCCCGUGUACGGCGGCGGUGGCCAGCCGGAAACGCCGGCCAUUGUGGCGCCGGCAUCGCCCUCGCCCAUGAGCAACGGCGACAGCAAGCGGCCAGAUGUGGUCGGUGGGCGUGUGCGCAAACGCCUAUCCUCCGAGGAGUUCGUAUUCGCGCGCAGCGAAGAUCUUCCCAUUUUAGUACAAAUCGGUGAUAGAAGCGGCCACGGCUCGCCGUCGACACGCAAGCAGCGGCGGGGCUGCUGCGUGUAUCCCGUUGGCAAUAAUAUACGGAUUGCCGGUGCCGAUGUGGAUGCAGCUGCUGCCGUCGCCUCCCCCACGUCCAUUAGCAAAUACUCCCGCACUCGCGUCGCCGCGGCAGCAAAGAAAGCUGCUAUAAAUAACGAAAGUAAUGUUUAA